CAAGCCAUUCGAAGUGAAGUGUGAUAUGACGUCAUUUGGUGGUGGAUGGACAAUGUGUUAUACAACAGACAGUUAUGUCAAUACAAAGACUGAACUCACCACAACACCUGAACUGGGAUAUCGAGCAGACUGUAACAACAUACCGUUUACUGAGGUGAUGUUUGUUGAUGAAAAAUCCAAACAGAAGGCAGCUUUUUCCAAAGAUGAUGGUUCACCUAUCACAUUUUUUGGUAAUUAUGACAAGAAUGCAAGUAUCUAUGGCUUAUGGACAGCAAAUGAAGAUGGUGUGGCCACGACGGAAUACAAAUAUCAAAUGCUCAUCUGUGACGCAUUAAUCACUAAGGGUCUUUUUUUCUCAGGAUAUACAAAUAACUGCUACAAAGACUGCAAUAACUGGUGUGGUGACAAAUCAUCUGCAUAUUUUCGUACAUCUGUUGUCUCACGUGCAGACUACAAAGGUGUCGCUUUCAACGAGAAUGGUCAUGGGCCAAAACCAAAUCACCUGAUAAGUGUAGGAAUUCGUUAA